CCAUCCUGCGGGACAACACAGCAGUGAAGCGCGCGCUUGUUUAUGCCCAGCUCGGUUUCUAUCUCUGCGCAUAUUUUGCAAAAAGUGCGCGCACACGGAGGAGCGUGACUAGGGGGGUGGGGGUGUCCCUCCUGCCCACGGACGCACACGCCGCGCGUCCGCAGCAACAGCUGAUCGGGCAGGUGCUCGUGAACUGCGCUUGUUUUGCGAUUUGGCGGUUCUUGAUUCAGGAUCCGGGUACAGUCUCGUGGGACACAGCCAAAGGCAAACAAAGGGGUUCCACUUCUGUUCAUGUGUAUGCUGAUGAUGCCAUCUUGAAUGUUCAAGUUUUGCAUAUAUAAGGCCUCAGGAUGAGCUCCUUCUGCACUUCUUCUUGGUGUUUGUUGCCGCUAGUGAACAUCUGGGAGGAUGACUUCAUCACGGUGGAUGAUCCUCGUCUGCUUCUCCCUGAUUUCAGUCUUCGGGACAGGAGAGACUUUGACAAUAAUUCUUCCAGAGAAAUCUGUGAGUCAAAGUUCCCUUCCUGCAAUAAUUAAUGAGAUGACCAAAGCAAUCUCGGAUCUGAAUGCCAGCCACAAGAAACUGUUGCUUCAACAAAAGGGAAGCGUAUGUUCCUGCGCUUCUCUGCAGAAAAAGUUUAUAGCAGACAUCAGUACACUGAGAAAGAAAAAUGCUGAUAUGAAUACUCAGUCUAAUAAACUGAAGCAGGAGCUGAAGACAGUGAAAAAUAUCAGCACUUCAAAAAUAAACUCACUGGCUAAAGAGAGAAAGGAAUUGCAGAAGAAGUUGAACGUCACUGUUUCUCAGAAAAACUCUAUGGCUGCAAAGAGAGAUCAAUUAAAUAAAACAAUUGCAGAUAUGGAGACCAAAGCUAAGAUCUUGAAACAGGAGAAAGCAGCUCUACAAACAAAGCUGGAUCGUAGUCUUUCAGAGAACAACUCUUUGGCUACAAAGAUUGAUGGCCUGAACAAGGCAAUCUCUGAUCUCAACACCAAAAUUAGAAGUCUCACAGCUGAAAAAAGUGGGCUCCAGUCAAACCUCAAUUCCUGCACUUCGCAGAACAAUGCCAGGAUUUCACAGGGAAACUCACUGACAGCAGAAAACCAAGGCCUCAAGUCUACCAUCCAACGGCAGAAUGCGGAAAUAAUUUCUCUGACAAACCAGUUACACGCAUGUCUUGCACAGAGAAACAGUUAUCUGGGAGCAGUGAAUACCUUAAACAAUUUUCAGAAUCAUCAAUGGAUUUAUUAUCGCGGAAGUCUUUAUUUUGUCUCUACGAGCACUGCGAGCUGGGGGUACAGCCGGAGUUACUGCAACCAGAGGGGAGCAGACUUGGUGGUCAUCAACGACAGUACUGAAAACGAUUUUGCGAGAGGAUUUAGACGGAGGUUCUGGAUUGGGUUGUACAGAACCGGAUACAACAGCUGGGCCUGGGUGGAUGGAAGCCCGUAUAGGAUCAGCUUUUGGGCUUCAAGAGAACCCAACAACAGUGGGGGUCGGGAAGACCGAGUGGAAAUACGGCACUACGACAGUUACAACAGCUGGAAUGAUGAACCACAGGGAACUAACAACUACUGGAUCUGUGAAAAGAAAGUCAUGUAGUAAAACCAGAACAGUGUCCCAAACGUGGACACGUUCUGAACUAUGUGACAUCAGCUGGAGAUAUUCUGAGCUGAUAAACCUUGAUAAAGCUAA